AUGAAAGAUUACGAGAAACAGGUCGAAAGCGACGAUGUCAUCUCGCGCCACACGGCUGAGUACAACUUGUCUGUGGUUAUGUCUAACCCGCAGCUCAAGCAGCAGACUGGCGAGGACCAGAAAUUGAAAAAGGCCUUGGAGGCUAGACACUUGUCUAUGAUCGCCAUUGGCGGUGCUCUUGGUACUGGUUUGUUGAUCGGUACCGGUGGUGCUUUGAGAACUGGUGGACCCGGUGCUAUCUUCAUCACCUACUCUUUGAUUGGUUUUGUGGUGUUUAUGGUUUUGAGUGCUUUGGGUGAAGUUGCAACUUUCAUCCCCUUGGCUGAUGGUUUUGCUGGUUACUGUAGGAGAUACGUUGACGAGUCUCUUGGUUUUGCUUGUGGCUGGGUCUACUUGUUCAAGUACUUGUUGCUUCCUCCUAACCAGUUGGUGGCCGGUGCAUUGGUGAUGCAAUUCUGGGUCAGUCCGGAUAGAGUCAACCCUGGUGUGUGGAUUGCCGUGUUUUUGGUUAUUAUUACCGCUGUCAAUGUUCUUGGUGUUCGUUUCUUUGGUGAAAUUGAAUUCUGGCUUUCUUGUGUUAAGGUUGUCACUUGUCUUGGUCUUAUUAUCCUUAUGCUUUGUAUCGCCUUGGGUGGUUCUCCUUCCGGCGACAGAUUGGGUUUCAGAUACUGGCAAGACCCUGGUGCUUUUAAGGAGUACCAGGAUUCUUCUAGAGACUUGCACAUUGAAGGCCCAACUGGUCGUUUCGUUUCCUUCGUUGCCGUCCUUGUCACCACCAUUUUCGCUUACACUGGUUCCGAGUUGGUUGGUAUCACUUUUGCCGAGUGUGCUAGACCAAGAAGGGCCAUUCCAAAAGCUAUCAAGUUGACUUUCUACCGUAUUGUCAUUUUCUACAUUUGUUCCGUGUUGCUUUUGGGAAUGUGUGUUUCCUCCAACGACCCUAAGCUUUUGGGUGCCAGUGGUAGUACCGCCUCGGCUUCUCCAUUCGUUAUUGCCAUCACCAACGCUAAGAUCAAGGGCUUGGAUCACGUUAUCAACGCCUGUAUUUUGAUCUUUGUCAUGUCCGCUGCUAACUCGGAUAUGUACAUUUGUUCCAGAACCGUCUACGGUCUUGCCGUUGCUGGUUACGCUCCUCGUUUCUUCUCCAAGACCAACAAGAUGGGUGUCCCAUUGUACGGUAUUGCGCUUUGCUUCGCUUUCUGUUUGUUGGGAUUCAUGACCACUUCCUCGUCUGCCGCUGAGAUUUUCAACCACUUUGUCAACGUUGUGUCUCUUACCGGUUUGAUCACCUGGACUUGUAUCCUUUUCCUCCACAUGCGUUUCAUGAAGGCCUUGACCGCCCAGGGACUCGACAGAAAGAGAGACUUGGCCUUCCGUUCGCCAUUCCAGCCUUUCGGCACCUACUUUGCAUUCUGCGUGUGUUGCUUCCUUAUCCUUGCUAAGAACUUUACCGUCUUCUUGGGUAACGACUUCCCAUACGAGACCUUCAUCACCGGUUACAUUGUCCUUCCUGUGUUCAUCAUCAUGUUGUUCGGCUGGAAGUUCUGGAAGAAGACCAGAUUGAUUCCUCCAGCUGAGGUUGACUUGAACACCUACAGAGAUGUUGUUGACUACGAGGAGGAGCAGUUCCAGGCCAAGGAUGCCGAGGACAAGGCUGUCAGAGAGGCCCAGGGCAACCCUAAGGAUGUCAAGUGGUUCUACGAAAAGAUCUUUGGCUGGAUCUUCUAA